AUGAUGUCGCCGGAAAAAAACCAACAGGAAGCGGGAAGCGAGGCUGUACUUCCCUUUUCCUUCGUCAAGGAGCUUCCCUUAGCAAGGCUUCCUAGGAGCAUGAAGGUCUUGUUGGCCGUUCUGCUGGGGCCUACCGCGUUGCUGGGCACCUCCAAAGCGAACUCCUGUUUGGAUCCCACCGAUACCGACUACAGAUGCGAGAUCGAUGCUGAGGGAACCCUGGACCUUUCCGAAUGCCUUAUAGCUGAUGACGACGUCGACAGCGGUGACCUCGCGGCAUGCUUGGACGCCGCCGGAAGGGAAAGUGUAAUAUUCCUCGACCUGGGUCGCAACGACCUCACCACCCUGCCUGAUGGAGUAUUUCUGGAUCUCACGGCAAUGGAAACCCUCCACAUCGAUGUCAACGACUUCGGCAGCCUGCCGGACGGCAUUUUCCAGGAUCUCCCAGCCCUCAACAAGCUCGAUAUCUGGAACAGCGGCCUCACCAGCCUGACGGAGGGAACGUUCCAGGGUCUCACGACCGUCACAAAACUAUACCUCCACGACAACGCGCUCUCCUACCUCCCCAGUGGAAUAUUCCAGGAUCCCAGUGCCCUGGAAAUUAUGGCGGCAGCUGCUGAUGACGAUGCCGACGGACUCCACGUCGACACAUACGGCACCGAAUGUGGGUGUGCUGUUACGGGCGUGACCAACGUUUGCGGCGCUGAAACCUGCACUCCCGGACCUGUCGGAUACAUUUGCGCGGCAACCACACCUGCACCUGUACCGGAGCCCACACUUGCUCCUGUACCGGAGCCCACACUUGCUCCUGUACCGGCGUCCACGCCUGCACCUUUAUCUGCAACUACGAAUGCACCGACCCCUGCAGUGGAAACGGGAGCACCUGCACCGGAGCCUACACCAGAACCGGGACCGACUCUAGGCCCUACUUUGGUACCCAACACGAGAGGGGCGGUAACCCCGGCGCCGGAGGCUGUGGCUGCACCUACCUCUACGCUGGAAACAGAAGCACCUACACCGGGCGUAGUGGCGGCCACGCCGGCACCCUUGGCUGUGGUUGCACCUACGCCUCCGCUGGAAACAGAAGCACCUACACCUGGCACCGCUAUACCGGGAUCUGCGCUAGCACCUACGUUGGCACCCCCCUCGAGCUCAAAAGGGUCGACUUCGGACUCUACGCCCAUCGUAGCGGGGGUAUUGUCCGCCGUUGCCGGUGUGGCCCUCAUUGCACUCGCGGCCCUGGGCAAGCGUCGACGAGACAAAAGGCAGGAGACCGCGCAGCCCCGCUCGGAUCCUCCGGCCCCCGGCGGCGGCAACCUUGAGCAAGGCCUUGGGCCCGUCCCGCCCCCUUCCUACACAGCGGCGCUUGCCUUCGCCAAGGGAGGCGACGACGACAAAUGGCCUUCCGCACAAAACAACGAGGCGUCGCCACCUCCGUACGCGCCGGCGGAAGGGGUCGGUGGUGGAGACAUUGUUCCGCAGUCAGCACCGAAACAAGUCGUCUUGGAUGCUGCCGAAGAUCGUGGUGCCGCCAAGCUCGGAGGCGAAGGAAGUGCGGCAGCCUCAGCGGAAACGUCGACGACGGACACUACGUCCACCGCCACACACUCCACCGCAAACGUUUCCUCUCACGAACGGGUAGAACUUGAAGUGUUUCAACAAAGACAAGGCGUGCUGGAGGCCGCUCCGGUUGCUAGCGGAUCUCGACCAGCACCAGCCUCUGGCAACAGCGGCGGGGGCGGCGGCGGCGGCGGCAGAGAAGACUCCUCGGCGGCCGACCGCCCAAACUCGUCGGACGACCUCGGGCUUGGCCACGCCGUCUUGGGGGCAGCACAGGAGCUGGCGCAUCAUUGUCAGGUCCCCGGCAUCAGCGAGGCGGCCGGGGUGUUGUGCAUCAUGGCAAACCUAUUUACGGACAACCGUGAGAACGACCGGGCGAACGAUUCAAGGCUGAAGCAGUGCCGCUCGAUCGUGAUGGCGCUCAAGCGGGCCGAGAAAGUGGUUGGCAAGGGUAGCGACACAACCGGAGAGGUGGCGCGUGUCUUGAUUGAGGACGUGCACGACGCCAUCUUCGAUCUGGUGGAGCUCAUAAAAACGUUCCAGAGCAAGAACAAGCUCUCCAAGCUGUUGCUGUCGACGCUGUUCAAGCGGCGCCAGGACGAGCUCGAUGCCGUCGUGGACCGAGCAAUCACGCGCCUGCAGCUGCAAAUGGGGCACGACAUGGGUUCAGUCAAGGAUAGCAUGAAGUCGAUGGAGAACGACGUGAGCGCAGUCAAGCAUGGCGUCAAGGCAGUGGAGGAGGGCAUGAACCUCUACAGGCAGGCAAGCCAAACCAUUUCGGUUUCGGUGCCUGGUUGCGUAGAGGGUUCUAACGCGGAGUCUACUACAUCGGAGUCCGUGGCGGAGGCUCGCAGCAUACGGCGGCAGCGGAAACUUGACCAAGUCGAGAUUCCUGAAGACCAACUCUUCAUCACAACCGAUCUGUUGGGAAAAGGGGGCUUCGGCGAAGUGUACCUGGCUGACUACAACGGCCACAACGCAGCGGCGAAGGUACUAUACAUCGCCCACGACUUGGGCGCUCUCGACGAGAACCAAAAACAGCGGGAGACGAGGCAGCGCAAGGGAUUCCUGCGGGAGCUGGAGGCCAUGAUCCGCCUUCGGAGCCCGAACACGGUCAACGUCUAUGGGGCGGUGACGUCUCUGUCGGACCGCAUGGUGCUCGUCAUGGAGCUGCUCCCCAACGGGGACCUCCUCACGUUGUUGAGGAGGUCUACGAAGCCGCUCCCCGAGGAGAAGUCCAGACAGAUCAUCGGAGACAUUUGCGCCGGGAUGGCCUUCCUGCACGGCAAGAACACGGUCCACGGCGACCUCAAGUCGGCCAACGUGCUUCUCGACGGCGGCGGCAGGGCCAAGAUCGGCGACUUCGGCACGUCCAGGUGGUCGCAGCACACGAACUCCACGGGCCUGGCCACGUACACCACCAAGGCCAACCAGAGCACUCAGAUGAGCCUCGCCUGGAGCGCACCGGAGGUGCUCGAGUCAGGCGGAAGCACCUACAAGAGCGAUGUCUACAGCUUCGGGAUCGUGGUUUGGGAGGUGUUCUCCAGGGAGCUACCGUGGGCGAACAAGACACGCCCUCGUGAUAUCCUGUCGGCGGUGUUGAUGGGGAUCCGGCCUUCGUUCCAUGUGGACGCUCCUGCCGACAUCGUGGAUAUCGCUAAGGCCUGCUGGGGUGGGGAGCCCGAGGAGCGCACUACGUUCAGUGCCAUCUUGGAGGGCAUGGACGCAAAGGGGUGGCGUGAGUCGGCUCCUCAACAGGCCCGUUCAGAGCCGUUCGAAAUGCGUCCAUAGGGAGAAUUGGACCGAAUACAG